AUGGCAAUGGAGGAUAGGGAAAUGAUGGAAGGCCGAGGGGCAGGAGAAAGUUGCCCAACCUUCCCCAGGAUGGCGCCUGAUGACCCCAUGUCUGAAGGAAAGCCAAGGGCUUCGUUGCCCCAGGAGGCAGACACCCCGAAGCCAGACUCCUCCUACGACCACCUGGAGGAGAUGGAAACUUGUGAGGACGGAGGCUGCCCGGGGCCACCUAAGUCACUGUCCUCCAAGGCUGGCCCCGCUGCCACUAAAGGACAGGCGGGCGAUGGACCCGAACCCGCGGAGCUGCCCUCGGUCCCGGCGGCGCCGGGGACCCCCGUGCGCGAGCGCAACGCCGAGAUGGAGCUGGAGAAGGCGCGCAUGGAGUUCGAGCUCACGCGGCUCAGGUACCUGCAUGAGGAGAACGAGCGGCAGCGGCAGCACGAGGAGGCGAUGGAGCAGCUGCGGCAGCAGGCGACGCCCCGCCUGUUCUCGGGAGGCCUCCAGGACCUCCUGCUUCCCCAGAACCAGUUUGCCAUGUUCCUGUACUGCUUCAUCUUCAUACACAUAAUCUACGUCACCAAGGAGAUGAUCUUCUUUCUGUUCUCCAAGCACUACCUGUUCUGCAUUGUGGCCAUUUUGCUCUGUUUGAUUAAAACUUUAUGUGCUGUGGUGGUCCACCCAUGA